UCCUCCCCACCUACAUGACUACUUACUCUUCUCCCACUUCUCCUCUCAUAUAUAGAAUAGAAUAGAAAUAUUAAUAAACCCCAAAACUCUUAUCUUCUCUUCCGUUUUCAUUGUUAUCAGUCUCUAAAAUACUUGGAGAAAUGGGAACCUACAUUGAAGAGAAGGAGAUCAUAUAUAGAUCAAAGUUACCAAACAUCUACAUUCCAAACCACCUCCCUCUCCACACUUACUGUUUCGAAAACCUUUCUCAAUUCUCUUCUCAUCCAUGCAUAAUAAAUGGAACAACCGAAGAAAUCUAUGAUUACUCUGACAUCGAUCUUAUCUCCAGAAAGGUGGCCGGAGGACUCCACAAGCUCGGCAUCACCAAAGGCAAUGUCAUAAUGCUCUUGCUUCAAAACACACCGGAGUUCGCCUUUGCCUUCUUUGCCGCCUCCCGCUUAGGUGCUAUCUCUACCACUGCCAACCCAUUCUUCACUCCGGCAGAGAUCCACAAGCAAGCACUGGCCUCCGGUGCACGGUUGAUCAUCACCGAGUCUUGCUAUGUCACCAAACUUCAAUCACUCGUUCAAGAACACAACUUCAAGGUGAUUGUGAUGGAUGAACCAGUGCCAGAAGGAUGCUUAUCAUUUUCGAGCCUCAUGUGCACUGAUGAAAACCAAAUACCAGAAAUAACAAUAGACUCCGACGAUGUUGUCACCUUGCCAUUCUCCUCUGGCACCACUGGACUACCUAAAGGUGCCAUGCUAACACACAAAGCACUUGUAACAAGUGUGGCCAUGCAAGUUGAAGGAGAAAAUCCUAAUCUUUACUUCCACAGUGAGGAUGUGAUCCUUUGUGUUCUGCCACUGUUUCAUGUAUACUCAAUGAACUUUGUGUUGCUUUGUGGGAUAAGGUCUGGUGCAACUAUACUUAUAAUGAAGAAGUUUGAUGUUGUGAAGUUGAUGGAGCUAGUGCAAAAGUAUAAGGUCACAAUUGCACCAUUUGUGCCACCAAUUCUAAUUGAGAUUGCCAAGAGCCCAGUGGUUGAUAACUAUGAUCUCUCAUCUAUAAGGAUGGUUAUUUCCGGGGCUGCACCAAUGGGAAAGGAACUACAAGAUAAGCUUAGGUCCAAGAUUCCUAAUGCCAAAUUUGGUCAGGGUUAUGGGAUGACUGAAGUUGGUCCAAUAUCCAUGUGCUUGGCCUUUGCCAAGGAACCAUUUGAGGUUAAACCUGGUUCUUGUGGCACUGUUGUGAGGAAUGCUGAGCUAAAGAUUGUUGAUCCCGAGACACGAUUAUCCUUGCCUCGUAAUCAGCGUGGAGAGAUUUGCAUAAGAAGCGAUCAUAUCAUGAAAGGCUAUCUGAAUGACCAAGAGGCCACAGAGAAUACCAUAGACAAAGAAGGUUGGUUGCAUACUGGUGACAUCGGGUACGUCGACGAUGAUGAUGAGAUCUUCAUCGUCGACCGUCUUAAGGAGCUCAUCAAGUACAAAGGUUUUCAAGUUGCGCCAGCCGAGCUUGAAUCUAUGCUGAUCACUCUCCCUGAUAUAAUCAGUGCUGCGGUCGUUCCAAUGAAAGAUGAACUUGCUGGUGAGGUGCCAGUGGCUUUUGUUGUCAGAUCAGAAGGGUCUGAGAUCAGUGAGGACCAAAUUAAGCAAUACAUCUCGAAGCAGGUGGUUUUCUACAAGAGAAUACACAGGGUGUUCUUUGUAGAGUCUAUCCCAAAGGGGCCCUCUGGAAAGAUCAUUAGGAAGGAGUUAAGAACAAAGUUGGCAGCUGGAAUUCCUAAUGGAAUUUAACCAUGAUCUCUAUCUGACUUUUUUUUAAAAAUAUAUAUAAAUAUAUAUAUAUAUAUAUAUAUAUAUGACAACUAAUAUGUUGUAUUAUUCUUUAAAUGGGUCCACCUCAAUAUGACUUUCUGUUUUCCACUUAUAGCCGAGAAUCGCUAGUUGUUUUAUAUUUUAUUUGAUGGUUUUCUAUGUAUUGUAUAUCUAAAGACAUUAUCACAUUGAUCAGUAAUUAAUAAGUGCUUGAAUGAAUAUAUUUUAUCAUUAUA